GCAAAGCGGUUCGGAUUGUUUCACUACUUAGUAUAUACAAAGAUACAAUGGCAAAGAUAGAGGCAGAGACCCAGUGGCUGCGUUCUACGAUUCUUCCGAAGAUUUUAAAAAGCGGGAGACUGGUGGACAAUUACAGCGAUUCCAAGGAGGACACCUUCAAGUUGGGAGACAUCGAGAUCGAUAUAAUCGGUCACUCUGAGGCCUUUAUGCUGACCUUUUGCUACAGGACAACCAUAAACUUUGAAUAUGACGGCGAAAAGUAUCAGCGAAAAAUGGUCGUUAAGAAAACUCCUACGAUGCCCCCAGAAGUAUAUGAUAGCAUCCAGUUUGGAGAUCUCUUUAGCAACGAGAUCAACUUCUACACGGAAAUCCUACCAGAGAUACAGAAGUUGGCCGAUGGAAAGUUUGCCGCCCCCAAGUAUUAUUAUAGUGAGUUGAAUAGGCAUUCGGCGGUGGCCAUUCUGGAGGACUUCGCAGAGAAGGGAUGGCGGGUGACCAAGGAUCGGGUGGGUCUGAGUCUGGAACACGCCCUCAUCGCCGUGGAUUAUCUGGGAAAGUUCCAUGGCUUUGCCUACGCUAUGAAGCACACGAAUCCGGAGAAGUUCUCCCAACUGACCAAUAGUCUGAAGGAAGCUCGCUAUGCCAGAGACGAUAUUCAUCCAGAGUGGAAGCUUAGCAUGACGAUUAGCAUCGAACGGGCGGCCAAGGCGGUGGCUAAAUUUCAGCCCCAGAUUGAUGAGGAGUUUGUGAAGAAAUUGUCCUUCCUGAUCGCGGACUAUACCCUCUAUGGCCGGCAGCGGGUGGCACCCAGGGAACCUCUGGCCACCCUUUGCCACGGAGAUUAUGUGAGGAACAAUGUGGCCUACAAGUAUAAUGACAAGGAGCAGCCGCAGGAGAUCAUGAUGUUCGACUACCAGACCUUGCGUGUCUCUUCUCCCAUGAUCGAUCUCUCGGUCUUUCUGGCCGUAUCCAUCUAUGCUGAUGUGCGCUAUAAGAAUUUCGAUGCAAUCUUCGAUAAAUACUGCUCGGCGCUAUAUGACAGCUAUAAGAAUCACGCCAAGCAGGAGGUUCCAGAGUCCAUGAGUCGGGGCGAGCUUCUGAAGGAGUAUGUGCGAUUCCUGCCGUACAGCUUCUCCAUUUCGGCCAGUUUCCUUAUGACCUUGGUGGAGCCUUUGGACAUGUCACCGGAGGAGAUGUUUGCCACUAAAAUUACGGAGGAGGAGAUCAUCGAACGCACAAUGAAACAGGGAGGGGAAAUAGUGGACAAGGAGGUGGCCCACCAGGUUCAAGAAAUGCUGGAGCUGAGCCUGCUGACUGGUGUCCCCAUAGAGGACGGCAUCGAUGUGGACAAGUUGCCCAAAGUGUAAUCAUUUCCAUUUCGUAGUGCUUGAUAAAACCAAAACUAAUCAGAUACUUGAAA